CUCAGUCACUCCGACGGAUGGUUGAGGGCACAUUUGCUGUGGAAAACGUUCAUUUUACACCGAAUAUGCUUGUUUUUGAGGAAUGUUAAAUUGAAAUGUGUUACGGACAGUUAGGCUACUGUGACUGACAAAAUGCUUGGCAUUUAGAAGAAGAUUCCAGCUUGAAGGUUGGUCCUCGUUGUUUAAUACAGAAUAUCUUUAAUCAUGGGUGACUGGAGCAUGCUGGGGAAACUUCUUGACAAGGUCCAGGCAUACUCCACAGCGGGAGGCAAAGUCUGGCUCUCUGUUCUUUUCAUCUUCCGGAUCCUGCUGAUGGGAACGGCGGUGGAGUCGGCCUGGGGAGACGAGCAGUCAGCAUUCAAGUGCAACACAAAGCAGCCUGGCUGUAAAAACGUGUGCUACGACAAAUCGUUCCCCAUCUCCCAUGUGCGCCUCUGGGUUCUCCAAAUAAUAUUUGUAUCCAUACCGACUCUCCUGUACCUCAGCCAUGUUGUGUUCCUUAUGCACAAGGAAGAGAAGUUGAACAAGAAAGAGGAGAAAUUUAAAGACAUUCAGAGCAAAGGUGGAGAUGUCGAUGUUCUUCUACGGAAGAUCGAAACAAAGAAGUUCAAGUACGGGUUGGAAGAUCAUGGGAAGAUCAAGAUGAGAGGUGGGAUAUUUUACACCUAUAUAGUGAGCAUCGUAUUGAAGUCAGUAUUUGAAGUUGGUUUCCUGUUGAUACAGUGGCAUCUCUAUGGGUUCAAGCUGUCUGCCAUUUACACGUGUCAAAAGUUCCCUUGUCCCCAUAAAGUGGACUGCUUCCUGUCUCGUCCUACAGAGAAGACUGUUUUUAUCAUCUUCAUGUUGGUCGUGUCACUGGUUUCUCUAGCGCUCAACGUCUUUGAGUUUUUUUAUGUGAUUUUAAAGAGGAUGAAAGACAAAAUCAAGGAGACAGAGAAAAACUUUGGCAGUGCCUGUAAUGUCAAGCCUUUUCCAAGAAACCUGUACAGCUACGGGUAUUACACAGACUCUUCGGCCCCUGUCCCUAAUCUCAGGUACAAUCUAGAUACAGGUGGUAAAUCCAACUCUUCUGACAAUUACGACAAGCAAGCCAAUGGGCAGAACUGGACAAAUUUUAGCACAGAACAGAACCAGCUGGGUCAGAGGGACUACUGCCACACUCAGCGCUUUCCAUGCCCUGAGAAAGUAACUCUGGGAAAAGAGCUGCUGCUGCUCAAGGAGCUUGAACCUCGACCUAGUAGUCGAGCGAGUAGUCACGCAAGGCCUGAUGAUCUUGAAAUCUAGUGGAGACCUCAAUAAAUGGCCUUAUAAACAAUUUCUACCCUUUAGUUUGCUGUUUCAAGUGGUGACCUUUUAAAAACUGUGAGGACACAGUUCUGUCUCUGACAUCCAAAGAUUGAAGUUUUAGCAUUUAUAUUUAUUUUAUGAUCAUUUAUUUUAUUUGUAUUUGUUAUUGAGGCUCAUGACAAACAGUUGUUUCUUAAAGGAAAAGUUCACCCCAAAAUGAAAAUUCUCUCAUCAUUUCCUCACCCUCAUGCCUUCCCAGAUGUGUAUGACUUUCUGUCUUCUGCUGAACACAAAUGAAGACCUUUCAGUGAAUAUCUCAGCUCUAGGUCCAUUCAAUUAAAGUGAAUGGUUGCCAUAACUUUGAAACUCCAAAAAGCAUAUAAAGGCAGCAUAAAAAUAAUCCAUAAAACUCCAGUAGUUUAAUCUGUAUCUUCAUAAACGAUUAAAAUAAGUGUAACUGUCAUGAAUUAAUUAAAGUAGAAAUAAUGAUGUAUUUAUUACUGUAAUAAAUAAUGAUGCAUUAAUUAAACUGUAAAGUAUUUUUACAUCACAAAAAUUGUUUGUUGUACUGGCUUUAAUUUAUGCUGACUUAAAUCAUAUUAUUUUUAAAAGCAUUGUUUUAAAUGAUAAUCCUUAUUAAGAAUAAUAUAUGAUCCCUUAUCCCUAUUCCUACUCCCCAAAUACACCCCCAUUAUCAGACGUGUGAAACCCACAAUGAGGACUUCACUAAAGCAUGAGUUCCUGAACACAGACAGGAAUGCGGUUGCUUCUCAGGCCAACCUGGACUCACAUAUGGACAUUAAUACCUUCACAAAUUCUGUUCUGCAACACAUCAACAGGUGUGUCGACAAGGUAACCACCCAUAAAACAUUUAAAACAUACCCCAAUCAGAAACCCUGGGUGAACAAGUCUGACUCCUGCUGAAGGCACAUGGUGCUGCUUUCAGAUCUGGUGACUGGGAAGCCUACAAUUUAUCCAGGGCCAAUCUGAAGAGGGGAAUUAAAGCAGCCACACACAAUUACAAACUGUGUAUUGAGGACAAAUUUAAGAACAAAGAUGUAUGUGGACAGGCAUCCAUGCCCUCACAGAUUACAUACCAGUGAACAGCACCCCCCCACCCCUCCCCCAACCAGAAAUACCAACCUCCCAGACGAACAGCACCUUUUAUGCUCGCUUUGAUCGUGGAAACAAAGAACCAUCCAUAAAUGCUGAGCUCCCACCUGAUGAUCUGCUGCUCACAUUUUCCACCAGUGACAUGUGCUCCACUGAGCAGAGUGAAUGCACAUAAAGCUGUUGGCCCUGAUGGCAUACCUGGCUGAGUGACCAGGGCCUGCGCAGAACAGCUGGCUGAUGUCUUCACCAACAUUUUCAACCUCUGCUUGGCCCAGGCCAUUGUCCCCACCUGCUUCAAAACAGCCACCAUUGUGCCAGUACCAAAACAUGCUGCUGCUGUGGCCCUCAAUGAAUUCCUCCCCAUUGCUCUUACUCCCAUCAUCACUAAGUGUUUUGAGAGGCUUGUCCUCUCCCAUCUGAAAACAUGCCUGCCCCCAACACUGGAUCCAUAUCAGUUCGCCUACAAACACAACAGGUCAACUGAGGAUGCUAUCGUCAGCUCUUGCCCUGACUCACUUGGACAAAAACAACACAUAUGUCAGGAUGCUAUUGAUUGAUUUCAGUUCUGCCUUCAAUACUGUGAUCCCAUCCAAGCUGCUGUCCAAGCUCAUUCAUUUUGGCAUCAGCCCCUCAAUCUGCAAUUGAACCUUGGACCUUGGAUCAGCAAAAACAACUCCUCCACCCUCACUUUGAACACUGGUGCACCACAGGGUUGUGUGCUGAGUCCAGUCCUCUACUCCCUCUUCACCCACGACUGCAUUCCUGAGCAUGGCUCCAACUCCAUAAUCAAGUUAGUAGAUGACACCACAGUGGUAGGCCUGAUCAGCGGCGAUGCGAUACGCAACAGCGCCUUUACUUCAUUAGGAAGCUAAGGAAAGCUCACCUGUCCCCACACAUCCUGCUGAACUUUUACUACUGCACUAUUGAAAGUAUCCUAACAAACUGCAUAAUAGUGUGGUAUGGCAACUGCACUGUCUCAGAACAGAAGGCCAUCCAGUGGGUGGUGAAAACUACCCAAUACAUCACUGGUGUUCAGCUACCCCCAUCAAAGACAUUCACCACAAACGCUGCCUAAGGAGGGUGAGAAGCAUUAUCAAAGGCACCUCUCACCCCAACCAUGGUCUGUUUACUCCUCUCCCAUCUGGGAGACGCUAUAGGGGUCUUCGCUGUCGCACCAGAAUACUCAGGAACAGUUUCUUUCCCUCAGCUGUCAGCCUACUGAACUCUAAACUCGGGCGAUGAACACUACAUCCCACUCGGACUACAUUUGUUUUUAUUUUUUUGCACAUUCCUUUGCAAAUAAUUUGUACUUGAUGAUGCUUGCACUGUUAUGGU